AUGUUAGACAAUACAUUACAUCACGAAAGCUCUGUGAUGCAGCAUAUUAUUAAUUACCCAAAAAAUUCUAGGGUGGUAGUUUCUGCUCCCAAAGGACCAGGUCAACACAAUUUUGUCUUUGACGAUAUCAGAAAGACCUGCUCACUUUGUGGAAAAGAUUUCGAUUGCUUAGCAACUCAUAUUGCUAACGAUAUUAGCCCUCAAUAUGCCGAUAGAAGCCUAGUGUCAGAAAGACAGACCACAAACACUGCCGAGCCAGCCACCUCUGAUCACAAUGACGAUUCCGUUAACGAAGACCUACAUGUUAAAUCCGAUUUGGAGGAUGACAACAGCAGCAAUGUUGACGACAUGAACAGUGAUGGUGAUGAUAAUGUUUGCGAGAUUGAACUCAAUGCCGGUGAAAGUAUUAUCAAGAUGGAUGAGGACACCAGCCCCUUUGAAAGUCCAAGUCCAGGCAACUGUUGUAAAUGA